GGCAGCGGGGAUGAGUCACAGGCCCCGGCGCUCAGGUUCCCAUAGGUGAGGGACUGGCUCUUCUGUCUGGGAAAGCGCGGUGCCUGUUCUUACUGGAGCAGCCUUGGCAGGGUGUCGGAGCCCUCGGUCUGCCCGGUCUGGUCUCCGGGGCCAGGGCUGGGUUCCCUCAUGUGUGGCAAGAGCACUUCGUGCGCUGGGCUGCUUCUCCUUGGUGUGCAGCUCACAGCCCUUUGGCCUAUAGCGGCUGUGGAAAUUUACACCUCGCAAGUGCUGGAGGCUGUCAACGGGACAGACGUCCGGCUAAAAUGCACUUUCUCCAGCUUUGCCCCCGUGGGUGAUGCUCUAACAGUGACCUGGAACUUCCGUCCUCGAGAUGGGGGCCCUGAGCAGUUUGUAUUCUACUACCAUGUGGACCCCUUCAAACCCAUGAGUGGACGUUUCAAGGAUCGGGUGGUCUGGGACGGAAACCCUGAGCGGUACGAUGCCUCCAUCAUCCUCUGGAAGCUGCAGUUUGACGACAACGGGACAUACACCUGUCAGGUGAAGAACCCACCUGACGUUGAUGGGCUGAUCGGGGAGAUUCGGCUGAGCGUCGUGCACACUGUGCGCUUCUCUGAGAUCUACUUCCUGGCUCUGGCCAUUGGCUCUGCCUGUGCGCUGAUGGUCAUAAUAGUGAUCGUGGUUGUCCUGGUCCAGCACUUCCGGAAAAAGCGAUGGGCUGAAAGAGCGCAUAAAGUGGUGGAGAUAAAAUCAAAAGAAGAGGAAGGGCUCAACCAAGAGAAAAAGGUCUCUGUUUAUUUAGAAGACACAGACUGACAUUCUUAGAUGGAAGCUGAAGAUCCCCAGGAACGAGAACCCUAGGAUACGCUGAAGUUAAUGGGAGCUUUUCUUUGGCUUUACCAGUUGUGACCUGCCUUCUGACCAGCCCUGCAGUACUUAAUCACCCAGAAGCAGCACCUCUCUGGAGCCAGCCUAGGCCCAGGGCUGUCUUGAGCAGACACCGGGAGACUCCCACACAGUCCGUUCCUAAGGUUUUAUUUAAUUUCAGAGCGCAAAUAUUUUUCAAAUGCUCAUGAGCUUUUUAUACCGAGAAGCUACAUUUUUGCCCUUAAACAUUCCUUGUGGAUUACUAAUUGUAUGCACACCCAUUGGUAUCAGGUGAGAUGAAAGCCAUCUUGUCUGUUGU